GAUAAUCCGUUGCGAGGUCAAUCCGAAUUGGAUACAGUGUAUACAUUUCGCUCAUUUCCGGUCUCUGGUUUCCGGCAGUGAGCUGAGCUGAAGUCUUUUAUAUCCGAGAGAAGGGAGUGUCGGAGCGGGAUAAAAGGGUUUUAAGAGGUGCGAAAAGGAACAAGGCAGAUUGCAGAAGUGUGUGCUGUGAGACAGAGUGAGACAGAGAGACCGGUCAAAAGGCCGUGAUGGGGAUGAACGAACAGGACGGGCUCAGAAUUUUCUGAAACGGUUUGUGGAGGAGUUUGCGAACCCGCUGGGCCAAGAUGAUCCUCUUCCUCUCGCUCCGCUCAGCCGUACCGUGACUCUGGACGAGAUAAAGGGUGAAAGCCUGGACCUGGGGCUCCGGCUGCUGUCUGCCAGAAAUGCACCUGGCAGCCUGAGUGCUUCGAUGUGCCAUGCUGCAGUCACUGAGCUUCUGAAAGAUGAUCUUUCACCUUUCUACUCCCCUAAAGACCCAGAACAGCAGCAGGAGGGUGAAGCAGAAGUAGUGUUGCUACAGUCUGAGCCUGUUCAGCGUCUGUUUAUCAACAAGCUGAGAGAAGUGGGUGUGGCCUGGCAGAAACAGCUGCCCAAUCUGACACCUUGCUCCUCACAUUCUCGCCUCUGCUCUGUCCACGCCAUACGGAACACGCGCAGGAAGAUGGAGGAUCGUCACGUGUUACUCCCUGAAUUUAACCAGCUUUUUGGUUUGCAGGACGGUGUGGAGCGUGAGUAUUAUGCCGUGUUUGAUGGUCACGGAGGAGUCGAUGCUGCGACCUACACGUCUACCCACUUGCAUGUCAUCCUUAGCCAACAAGAGGUGCUGAAGAGUGACACGAGUACGGCCUUUAAAAACUCCUUCAUCCAGACAGAUGAUAUGUUCAGGAUAAAGGCCAGGAGAGAGCGCAUGCGCAGUGGGAGUACGGGCGUGGCCGUGUUGCUGGCUGCUGAUUGGUUGACGGUGUCCUGGCUGGGCGACUCGCAGGUCAUGCUGGUGAAGAAGGGCGAGCCUGUCAUCCUCAUGGACCCCCAUAAACCUGAAAGAGAGGAUGAGAAGAAGAGAAUAGAGGACCUGGGAGGCUGCAUUGCAUUCAUGGGUUGCUGGCGUGUUAACGGGACGUACGCCGUUUCCCGGGCAAUUGGUGAUUUCGAUCAGAAGCCGUAUAUAUCAAAUGCGGCAGACUGCACCCAGGUCCAGCUGAGUGGAGACGAGGACUACGUCCUGCUGGCAUGUGACGGUUUCUUUGAUGUUUUGCGUCCAGCUGACGUUCCCGGUCUGGUCCUGGAGGCUUUGCGUGAGUCUGGUGGCUCGGGGGAGGACAUCGCUCAAAGCCUGGUGGCUCAGGCCAAAGCUGCAGGCUCCAGCGAUAACAUCACCGUCCUGCUGGUGUUCCUGCGUGAGCCACGGGACCUUCUACACUAGUGGACCAAGUGUGAUGGAAAGACGGAUAGAAUUAGGGUUUGAGCAGACCACUAGAGGGCUGGUGAUCUCUUUGCCGUCUCACUGUAUCUGACGUUGAUGCAUCAUGUUGCUCAACGUCAGUACGAUUAAGGUCAUCAAAAAGUGUAAUGAUGUUCAGUGUUGUGUUGUUUUUAAUAUCAGAGAUUUUUUUUCUUUUCUAUUACAAAAUGUUUUUAUCUCACUCAAAACGCUUUUUUAUUAUUAUUAUUAUUAUUUUAUAAAUGCAAUUUGAAUUCUUUAAGCUAUUUCUGCCUUGAUAUAUAUACUGCCUAUGAUUUUUUUGAGGUGCUUGUUGUUCCAAAAAAAAUCCCGCUGUGAUACCAUUUUCUGUUUGAAAAGAAUAGAUUUAGGUGUUUGGUUUAACUGUUGGGUUUCGGAUGUGUUUUAUUCAUUUUUUUGUUACAGAGCAGUAUAACAUUAUAGUGCACACCGGCCUGUAUUGGUUAAGGUGUCAUGCUUUUAAGAGAAAUGGAUAGUAUGUUUUGCCUUCUUAUAAAAUGCCAGUCAGUGUUUUUUUUGGGGUUUUCUCGUAUGUUUGUUUUUUUUUUUUUGCAUUAUUUUAUUUUGUAAAGACUUAAUAUGCAUUUGUUGAAGACUGUUAACAACCUUCGAGUGCCAAAAUAACAUUUCACAAGACUUUAAUUAAGCCAGGACUCAUGUUUAUAAUCUAUUUCAGUGUAUAUGUACAUAAUUAAUAUAUUUAACUUUUUUUUUUUGUGCUUUCGCCUGCCUGUAAGCUGAAUUGCAAUAAUAAUAAUCACCUGAAAAUAUUGGGUGAAGUUGGGAAUCUAGCCAAAUAUAUUGCCUAACAAUCUUGCAAAUCCCAGUCAUCUGAAAGUAUUCCAGAAAAUCUGGUUAUUACAGGCCCGAAAGCAUUUCUAAACAUUACAGACAACAGACUUUUUUUUCCCUUAUUGAAAACAGUGUUAAUAACAUUUAACAUGUAGUCCAGGGAAGUUUUCCAGGCAUGAAUUAAUCCUAAUUCUACUUUUGAGUCCAAGCCUGGAAAAAACUGUUCCUCAAGGCAUGUUGGUUUCUCCCAAGAACCAAGAGUUUAAUGUUUGUUUGUGUGCAUGUGUUUGCGGAAUAUUAACUUGCAGCCAGGCUGGCUUGCUGUCGGGCCUCGGGUCUUCAUGCACUUGGCCGUCUCACAUUACCGCCCGUUCAAAUGUCAUGAAUAUUUGAAAGCCUUGUGACAUGGAGCUAAUAUGACUGGACCGUGGCUUUAAUGCGAACAGCCUGGAGCUAAGAAUAGAGCUAACUAUAUAGAGGAAAGAAGGAGAAAGUGAUGUUUUAAUGAUUUGGUGUGUAGAGGACGGUGAUGAUUCUUUUAUAUUCUGCAUUUGCGUCGGCGAGCGGACAUUUUUGGAGUAAUGCAUAUGGGAACAUUUUUGGAGUGAUGCAAAUGCUCUUUUUUUUUUUAUGGACUUCUUUUUAAAUCUAACAAGACGUGCACAUUUUGUGAGGUGAAUAACGGACUUAAAUGAUCUUGUAUGUGUCUCAAUAAUGCCAUCAUGUUUGCCAUGGUUACUGAUAAAAAUGGACCAGCAGAUCUGACCACUCUUGUCUUUUAAAGAUAUAAAAGGUUUGAAUAGAGAUUAUUUUCUUAAUUUUUUUUUGUUGUGGUAUUUAUUUAUUUUUUUAUUCUCUCCUGUUAACAAUGAUCUUACAGGGAAAUAUACACUUUGGAUUUUUAUCUCACCAAUUUGCUCUCCUGCCACGUUCCACCCACCAGCCAGCUCUCCCUUAUAAUACAACAGCUACCAGUCAGGAAAUGUGAAGAUCAGCACAUGCUGCUCAUGAUACAACACAGCGCAGUAUAACGCACACGGAGAAAAGUGCAGUCUGUUCUCUUUCACAUACAUGAAUUCAUGGACAUCCUUGAUUAAUUACUGGACGAUAGAGAGAGCAUAAACCCGUUCAAACAUUGAUAUCAUGGGCAGUUUUGUGCCCUUUUGUGCUGUGUCAUGGUCAGGAUUUAAAUUUGUACACUUUCGAUUUCCUGAGAAUUUCCUGGGAACAUUUCUAAAUGUUCCUUCACUGUUCCAGUCACCUUAGAUUUGUGGGUUUUUACCCAACUGUAAACAUUAAGGGUUUUUUUAGAACUUUAAGGAAACGUAAUUUUGGACUGUUACCGCUGAAUCUCUUUAGAAUCUGUUAAAUGUAUGACUAAAUGUUCAGAUGAAUUUCAGGUGCUUUCCUUCUGACAUUGAAAACCCUUUGGUUGGGAUCGAGAGUGUAUGGAUUUGACUGUGACCUGCUUUCAUUUGGCUAUCUCUCAACAAUUAAUCUUUACAGUCAUUGUGCGCUCCUUGCAUAAUGUGGCAACUUAAUCUGUCUGAUCUCACGUUUCCCAUCAGAGUAGUAAUACCUCCCGACAUUACUGGUGAUGUAAUCAGACAGGUUUGGAUCUAACUGAUAUCCUGGUGUAGUGUUGUCGUGUAUUAUAUUGAACGUCAUGGUUUUAGCGUUUUGUUUUUUUAGCUUUGAACAGUCCCUGGUGACUUCCUUUCUGACGAUAAAACAAAUUCAGACAUUUGUGUUUGUUAUCGACCGAAUACAAAGUGAAAACUGGUAGCUUGUGUUGUUUAAUGUUAAUGUUUGUAUUAUUCGAGGACGUGAAUCCAGAACACUUAACCCAAAUGGAACAUACAUCUCUAACUUUUGUGCCUUAUUUUGUCAUAAUACGAACACUGCCAAUACACACAAUGUUUCUUUUUACAUGUACUGAACUGAACAAGUUGGGUUUUUUUUCCCUUUCAGAUUUUUCUAUGUGCUUUGUAUCUGUUUAUAAACUUUUCUACUUUAAAUCAAUGAAUCACUUUGGAUUCCACUGUGUUUUUGUAUGUCAUUAGAUGUAUGUCGUACCUAAUUUAGAUACGGAUAACAUUGGUAACUGAUUUCAGUUGUCUGUAUGGGAAAGUACGUGGAUAUAUUUUGGAAAAUAGUUUUCCUGGAAAGUAUGACAUCUGCAUUUCAUUUGCAUUUACUAACACAGUUGAAAUCUAAUCAGCCUGCAUAUUAAAUAAACAAUAACCACA